GUAGAGCAGGCCAUUCCGACAUUGGCAGCCUUUGUUCAGUUCGCCAUGAACGCCAGCAAUUCCAUAGGCAAACCCAUAAAUGAAGUUGAAGUCGGCCUGCAGCUUGCCAACCACUUCAGCAAAGGUAUCCCACUAGCAGAAGCAGUGGCCAUGGUGAAGCAAGGGGAUGUGAGAUGCAGAGGCUCCAUCACCCACAUUGCCACGUAUGUCCAGAAGUAUGCUGGAGGGGCAGGCUUUCCUUUGCUGUACUUCCUGGCCAAGUUUUCCAGCCAAGUGGGCGGCGCCCUCCUCUUGGGAUCCCAAGUCAUGGCCACCAUAGCGAACUUGGAAUGGAAAGACCCAACUUGCGUGUACCCCUUCAUCAGGACAGCUUGCUGGGCCACCAUGCUCACCAGCGGGAGCAGCAGGGAUGGUUAUGCCGCUGUCCUGACCAAGGGCGAUGUGGAGAAGCUCAGAGCCCCGUCCACACUGGCAGAGGUGGCCAAGGCAGAGAGCAUCUUGAAAGAUGCCUGGGCCAUCCACGACAGCAUGAAGCAGGACAGCCAGCAGGAGAACCAGUUCUUCAAGUGCUUUGUACCUGACCCACAAGCAGAAGCAGGCCAGAGAGGCCAGAACGUGGGAGAAUCUUCCACAGCCAUGCCUGUGAGCAACGUCCUGGUGGCAGGUCCCAAGACUUUGGCCAUGUUGCAGAACCUCCACAUGGAGAUUGGCCAAGUGCACCUCAUCACGUAUACGAAUCCAAAAGAGCAGGGGGCCAAGGUGUACGAAUUGACCCAAAUCACAGACGAUGAAGCCACCAUGGAGCACAGGCCACUGCUGCAAGAUAAGGAAGUGCUUCAGGUGCCACUGGGCCAGUUAAGCAAGUGGCGAGUCAGCAAGGCCCAGAUGCGUCAGCUGUGCCCCCAAGACCUGGCGGCUGCCAUUCUAGGCCAUGCGUGCCAGCCCAUUGAGGAAGAGUGGACGAAGGCCAACCUCACGUGGCAGCUGCGCCAAGCCUACGAGCAGCAUGCUGUCGACACCACCAAGCUGGGGUUCGGCAAGAGCUGCUGA